GUUGGGUCGCAGCGAUGGGGACGGCGCCUGGUGUCCCGCGGGUCCCGUCUUCCCAGAGGAGGAGGAGUUCCUGGAGGUGGACCUGGGUCGGCUGCACGUGGUGACACUGGUGGGGACACAGGGACGUCACGCCGGUGGCCACGGCAGAGAGUUUGCCCACGCCUACCGGCUACGCUACAGCCGUGACCGCCACCGCUGGCUGCGCUGGCGGGACCGAUGGGGCGCUGAGGUGAUCGGGGGCAACGAGGACCCCGAGGGGGUGGUGCUGAAGGACCUGGCGCCCCCUCCGGUGGCGCGGGCACUGCGCGUCUACCCCCGGGCCCCCCGCGCCAUGAGCGUCUGCCUGCGCCUGGAGCUCUACGGCUGCCCAUGGGACGCUGGGCUCCUGUCCUACACGGCGCCACGGGGACAGGUGAUGGCCCUGGACCCGGCGCCCGUUGUCCUCAAUGACUCCACCUACGAUGGAUACAGCGUUGGCCCGCUGCAGUUUGGGGGACUGGGCCAACUGGCGGACGGGGUGCUGGGACUGGACGAUUUCAUGAGGAGCCGUGAACGACGUCUUUGGCCGGGCUACGACUACGUGGGGUGGCGUCGCCCCCCCGGCCCCCGGCCCCACGUGGAGCUGGAGUUCGAGUUUGAGGGUCUCCGAGCCUUCCGCGCCAUGCAGGUGCCCCAGGAUGUGGUGGAGGAGGCGGUGGGAGCCAGUGGGUGGCCACCAGUUGCCCCCCCUGAGCCCUCGGGGCAGGUCAUGGCCGUCCUGGAGGACUCGUGGCACAGGGAUGUGGCUACCAACCUCACCCCCCCGGCCGAUCACAGCCACACCUCCAUCCUGAUUGGCUGCCUGGUGGCCAUCAUCCUGCUCCUAUUGGGCGUCAUCUUCCUCAUCCUCUGGCGGCAGUACUGGAAGAAGAUACUGGGGAAGGCACAGCGCCGGCCUUCGGAGGACGAGCUGCGGGUGCAGCUCUCGGUGCCGGGUGACACCAUCGUCAUCAACAACGCGACGGGGGCAACACGGGGCCCCCCCCGCUACGAGCGCAUCCCCCCGGGUCAGGGCGAGUACCAGGAGCCCACACGGCCACGGCCAUCGCUGCCCCCCGUCCCCCCCGGAGCCG